AUGACGUUUGCAGAUAUUCUGGAGAGCUUGGGGGGCAUGGGGCGCUUCCAGAGGUUAUCGGUCGCCUUCCUGGCCCUCCCUUUGGCCAUGUUAGCCAGCCACAACCUUCUCCAGAACUUCACAGCCGGGGUUCCCGGGCACCACUGCCAGAUCCGCAUCACGGCCAACUACACCCGCUAUGUCAACAAUGUCACCAAAGAGAUGGGAGCGGAAAGCCUCCUGCGCAUCUCCAUCCCCAUGGACAAGAACCAGAAGGCAGAGAGGUGUCGCCGGUUUGUUACCACCCAGUGGCGGCUCCUCGACCCAAACGCAACUCGGGCCAAUGACACCAAGGUGGACACUGAGCCAUGCGCCGACGGAUGGACCUAUGAUAGGAGCAUGUUCAGGAGCACCAUAGUCAGUGAGUGGGACUUAGUGUGCGACUCCUGGACCCUGAGGCAGAUGGCUCAGUCCAUCUACAUGGCUGGAGUGCUGAUCGGAUCCCUGCUCAUUGGUGGCCUCUCAGACAGAUUUGGACGGAAGGCCCUCAUCAUUUGGUGCUACCUGCAGAUGGGGGUCGCGGGUGCCUGCACGGCCUUUGCGCCGAAUUUCACCGCUUACUGCGUCCUCCGCUUCCUAUGUGGCAUGGCCAUGUCGGGGAUCUCGCUCAAUUCUGUCUCGCUCUGCAUGGAGUGGAUCCCAACCAAAUACCGCGCCAUCAUCGGCACCAUCAAUGGCUACUGUUACACCACCGGGCAGUUCAUCCUGGCAGGAGUGGCGUAUGCCAUCCCAGAUUGGCGGUGGUUGCAACUUGCUGUCUCCCUGCCUUUCUUUGUCUUCUUCCUCUACUCCUGGCUUUUUGUAGAGUCAGCCCGUUGGUUGGCAUCUUCGGGGAAAGAAAAGCGGGCCGUGAAAGCCCUGAAGAAAGCAGCCUGGAUCAAUGGGAGAAAGAAAGAAGGAGAGAAACUCAGUGUGGAGGUGUUGAAAUCCAGUAUGCAGAAGGAGCUCUCCUCCAACAAGUCUAGCCACAGCAUGGCGGACCUUGUGCGCACCCCCGGCGUCCGCAAAAUCUCCUGCGGCGUGUCCUUUGUCUGGUUUGCCACUAGCUUUGCCUACUAUGGCUUGGCCAUGGAUCUGCAAAACUUUGGCUUCAACCUCUACCUGACCCAGCUGGUCUUUGGAGCUGUGGACUUCCCAGCAAAGUUCAUCUCGGUGAUGACCAUCACGUUUGUGGGCCGACGGUUCUCCCAGGCCUUGUCCCUCAUCCUGGCCGGGUUGUGCAUCUUGGCCAACAUCUUUGUGCCACAAGAUCUAAACAACCUGCGGAUGGCAUUUGCAGUCAUUGGGAAAGGCUCCUUGGCCGCCUCCUUCAACUGCGCCUACAUUUUCUCCGGGGAGCUUUUCCCGACUGUGAUCAGGCAAUCGGGGAUGGGCCUUGGGGGCACCAUGGCCCGGGUGGGCAGCAUGAUAGCCCCUCUGGUGAAGAUGACCGGGGAGUUUUUCUCACCCUUGCCACUGAUCAUCUAUGGGACGGCACCCAUCAUCUCCGGCACCGUCGCCUGUUUCCUUCCGGAGACCCGGAACGUUCCUCUGCCGGAGACUAUUGAAGAAGUGGAAAGACGGUCGAGGCCCAGCCAAGAGGAUGAGCAGCAGAUGAAGGUGCUCCUUGACUUCACCAAACCAGAUCCCAACAAAGAUGGCAGCUGAAGAGACGAAAAUGCAGAGGGGUUUUCUGGACCCCAACUUGAUCCGAUCUGCGUACUAAAAGUUAUUUAACUUCAGUCCCCACUUCAAAGCCAUUAAAAGUAUUGGGGGGCACUUGUGGAUCGCCCCAAAAAAGACGAUGACCAACAACGCAACUUUGCAAAAAACUUGCAUCGUCUAAUUUAUAUAAGAAGCAGUUUGGGUACGAAAACCUGUUUCAUUUUGUGUUGCAUUUCUCACAGUCCCACCAGCGUUCUCAUACCAUCCACAAACCAUUUCUAGGAACACAUGCAGAGAUAUUGCCAAUAUAUUGGGCAAAGGGCAAAGCGAAGGAAGGAUCGAAAAUGUUUCCCAU